UCACAUCAGGCCGGCAGGCUAAUUCGAACGUCCUAAGGUUAUUAGAGGUGAUACGAUAGUUCUGGUUGUCUCGAGUUCAUGUGGCGCUGUCAUACCAGGAUUGCAUUCGAAAUUCGGGCAGAGCAAACUUCAAAAUGCUUAGGCCAGGUUUGAGGCGGAUGAGGCGUACCUGGUUUCAGCCUCAUCCUGCCGGUAUAAGGAAACCGAUACAGAAGAGCACUUACCGAAGAAACGUUUACCCCAGUAAUGUCGAUAUGCUUCAACGAUACCUAGACUCAAGAGGAUUGUGUCCGUGGGAUGAGCUACCUGAGACGAGAACGCCUUUUUAUAGUGAUGAGUGGUACCGUUUAAUGCUUAUACGACUCGAAAAUAUUGGAAUGAGACUUAGGCGUGCAAUGGAAUAUUACGAAGUAGCUCAAUCUGCCUCGACUAAUAGCCACGGACGUCAUAACUCAUUAAGGCUACAUCCACGACGAUGCAGGGCUGUUGCGAAGAGCAGCCUUCGCGGUAUUGCGUAUAAUCAGGAUCGAUUCAUGAGGGCUUGUCGGACCGUAGCGGACCUACACGAGAGUCAAAGGCCAGACCCGCAUCUCGAAAGUAAGGUGAGGCAUCUUACCUCGUUCCUCGAGCAGCACCCGGUUCAACGACCCGUACCUGACUGGUCUCCAGGCAGAGGGUAAUUGCCAAAGAGUUCGACGAGUCUGCAAGUGCAGUAAUGGAUCGUGUAUGGACGCGAAUGAAAAACUUUUAACUUCUUUGGGAACUUUUGCCUUGCCAACAUAAUGUUCCACGUUGCAAGCCGACCAUGUACAUUAACAUCAAAAUGUUUUAGACUCCCAAUUACUUAUAGCACAUUGUACAAUUACGGCUCGUUUUUUUGUCACGGACCAGAUGUUUGCUUUUACACUACAAAUAUUAUAAAUGACUACGUAGGGCUAGAUAGGAGGUACUUUGAACUAAUAGUCAGGGCCUUUUCGAUUGACUUGUAGUGGCAUGUAAUGACAUAGUGUAUGUAGUGACUCAUUCUAGGACUACAAUGAACAGAUGAUGUU